AUGUCAAGAGAAAGAACCAUUUUGAAAAGAGGAGCAAAAGUAGAAUACAACCAGGAAAUACUCGCCGAAUAUUUGAAAAAGAUUGCGCACGGAUUGGACUCAACCUUCGUAAAAACAUCAGAACUAGCAGAUAAAAUCACAGCAGGCAUAUGCGAUAAUAUGACAACAGAAGAGCUAAGCGUGCUAGCAGCAGAAACAGCAGCAAACAUGACCACCAACCACCCGCACUACUCCCUCCUGGCAGGAAGAAUAGAAGCAUCGCUGCUGCACAGAACAACCCCGGAGAAGUUCUCAGAUAGCAUGCUUCUUCUUGCAGAAAAUCCCAUUAAGACGGAAAGAAGUGAAAGCAGUUCAGAGAAUAGCAGCGCAAAAGAAGAAAAUGUCAACAUGAAGGCAGAAAUCAUUUCCGAUGACAUCAUAGAGAUAGUUAUGAAGAACAGAGAGAGACUGGACAGCGCCAUAAAAAACGAGAGAGAUUUUGACUUUUCCUAUUUUGGAAUAAAAACCCUCAAAAGAUCCUAUCUGCUGAAGUCAAAAGAGAAUGUGAUCGUGGAAAGGCCGCAGUAUCUCUGGAUGCGUGUGAGUUUGGGAAUCCACAGGGACGACAUAGAUGCGGUGAUUGAGACGUACGAGCUUAUGUCCACCAAACACUUCAUCCACGCCACCCCCACUCUUUUCAACAGCAGCACCAUUGCGCCGCAGCUCUCCAGCUGUUUCCUGCUCUCCAUGCAAAGCGACUCGAUCGAAGGAAUAUACAACACGCUGAAGCAGUGCGCACUUAUCUCCAAGCACGCGGGAGGGAUAGGAGUGAACAUCCAGAAUGUGCGCGGAACAGGAACCUAUAUCAAAGGGACAUUUGGGCACUCGAAUGGAAUAGUUCCCAUGCUGAGAGUCUUCGAUGCUACUUCAAAGUACGUUGAUCAGGGAGGAAACAAAAGGCCAGGAUCGAUUGUGGUAUAUCUGGAGCCAUGGCACACAGACGUAUUUGACUUCCUUGACCUCAAAAAAAACACAGGAAAGGAGGAAAUGCGUGCAAGAAAUCUCUUCCUCGGCCUGUGGAUACCCGAUUUGUUCAUGCACAGAGUGGAGAAUGACGAAGAGUGGUCGCUGUUCUGUCCCAAUACGGCAAAAGACCUGCACGAAGUGUACGGUGAGGCCUUCGAUGCGCUCUACACGCAGUACGAGCAGGACAAAAGCAUCUCGAGAAAGACAGUCCCUGCACGUAAGCUCUGGAAGGCCAUCCUUGAAGCAGAGAUAGAAACAGGCGUGCCAUACAUCCUCUAUAAAGAUGCUUGCAACAAAAAAAGCAACCAAAGCAACCUUGGAACCAUCAAGGGAAGCAACCUGUGCGCUGAGAUUGUAGAGUACACCAGCCCUGAUGAGGUAGCUGUGUGCAACUUGGCUUCUCUCGCUCUCCCUACGUACAUUGUUGACGGACAGUUUGACUUCCAAAAGCUGAAAAAAGUUGCAGGGAUUGUAACAAAAAAUCUCAACAAAAUAAUCGAUGUGAAUAAGUACCCGCUAAAGGAAGCACGCGAUUCAAACCUGAAAAACAGGCCCAUAGGCAUAGGAGUGCAGGGCCUGGCAGAUGUGUACAUUCUUAUGGGGUAUCCCUUUGAAAGCGAGCAAGCGAGAAAUCUGAACAGAGACAUAUUCGAAACCAUCUACUACGGAGCACUUGAGGCAUCCUGCGAGAUAUCUGAGGCUCUGGGCCCAUACUGCUCGUACGCUGGGAGCCCUGUAAGCAAAGGCAUACUGCAGUACGACAUGUGGAACGUAGUGCCAACUGACAGAUGGGACUGGGCUGCACUUAAGAAGCGGAUUGCACAGCACGGAGUGCGCAACAGCUUGCUUGUUGCCCUUAUGCCCACAGCCUCCACAUCGCAGAUUCUCGGAUACAACGAAUGCUUUGAAGGAUUUACCAGCAAUAUCUACACGAGAAGAACCUUAUCGGGAGAGUUCCAGAUAGUGAACAGCCACCUGGUCAGGGACCUUGCAGACCUUGGGCUGUGGGGACAGGAGAUGAAGAAUAUCAUCAUAGAACACGAAGGAUCUGUGCAGAAUAUUCCCAGCAUCCCAGACCACAUCAAGAGCCUCUACAAAACCGUGUGGGAGAUAAAGCAAAAAGCAGUGAUUGAUCAGGCAGCUGACAGGGGAGCAUUUGUUGACCAAAGUCAAUCGAUGAACAUCCACAUUGCCACGCCCACAUUUGCGCAGCUCACAAGCAUGCACUUCUACGGAUGGAAAAAAGGCCUUAAGACAGGGACAUACUACCUCAGGACAAAGCCAUCGCAGGCAGCCAUCAAGUUUACAGUGGACAAACAGCAGGCGCAGGAGUUCCUGCAGAAACAGGAGGAAGAGAAAGGAAGAUCAGAAGGGUGCCCCAUUGAUGGAGACUGUCUGAGCUGCGGGAGCUAA